GAUGUUCACAGGUCAGUGUGUGCUCGCUGUGGAGCUGUAAGGAGUUACAGCCCUUUUACUUUGUAUGUAACUACAAGCAGCAGGAAGGAGCCUCAUAUGAUAAAAAGACAACUUUUGAGCUGAGGUAAAAAUGAAUGACGGAUAUUUUACUCCAGAAACAAUCCCAGGAUGCAAAUCACAAGGUCACAUAUCUGAGUCUCACACAUGAAUGUGCCCGUUUGUUUCCGACAACUGAAACCGCAAAGGGUCAUGGGAUGCGGCGUGGGAAAAUCCAGACCUCAGCAGGAGAAGUGUGACAAAGUCAGCAUCUCAGUCCCAGCUGCCACAGCAAUCAGAGCAGCUCUGUUAAUCCAGCGCUGGUACAGACAAUAUGUUGCUCGGCUGGAGAUGAGGCGCAGGUGCACCUGGAACAUCUUCCAGUCUAUCGAAUACGCAGGAGAACAAAACCAGAUAAAGCUGUACAACUUUUUUGGCUUCUUGAUGGAUCACUUUACCCCAGCCAGCAGUGAAAGAAACCUAAUAUCUCACAUAUUUCGUGAGAAUGAAGUCUGCCAUGAGACGGAGUGGGAGCGAUAUUUUUGCUACAAGGGCGUUGAGGUGCCCGACAGCUACAGUGGCCCUCAUCUAACCUUUCCCAUGACCUUCUGUGGGGUGUCAAAGCUAAUGGAGGCUUUGAAGCAGAAACAACAGCUCCAUGCUCGGUACGUGCUGCAGAUUCUUGGAGAGACUUGGAGACUUUUACGAUUUCUUCCAAACAUCAAUCACGUCUCUGUCUGCCAGACCAAGGAGAUUACUAUCUGUGGAGACUUGCACGGGCAGCUUGAAGACCUGCUGUUGAUAUUCUAUAAGAAUGGUUUACCAUCGUGUGAGAAACCGUACGUCUUCAACGGGGACUUUGUGGAUCGUGGCAAGAACUCUUUGGAGAUUCUGCUCAUCCUGUUUGGGUUCCUGCUUGUUUACCCCCAUGAUGUGCAUCUGAACAGAGGGAACCAUGAAGACCACAUCGUCAACCUGAGAUAUGGUUUCACUAAAGAGGUUCUGGGGAAAUACAGGGUUCAUGGGAAGAAGAUUCUAAAGCUUCUCCAGAAGAUCUUCAGCUGGCUUCCUGUGGCCACAGUGAUCAAUCACAAAGUGCUGGUUGUUCAUGGAGGCAUCUCUAACUCAACCAACCUCAAUGUCCUCACCAGAAUGGACAGACACAGAUAUGUGUCAGUUUUACGGCCUCCUAAGAUGAUCCAUGGCAGCAGCAGCAGGAACGGAGAUGCUGGUGGGCCCGUGGAGGGCCGACGUCGAGUGCGAUCUCUGACCAACCACAGCUUUGCAUCGACUCAGAGGAGCGUCUCUCCACGGCGUUCCCUCCACAACCUGUCCGUGAACAAUGAUGUGAGCGGCUCUGUGGAGGACGAGCUGAGGAAGAGGCACAGGCUGGCUGGGUUGGAUCCGGCCUACAGAGACACAAAGACAGCAGAGCCUGAUUCAGAGCCAAGGUUUGGAGAAGGAACUGGAAGACAUGGGCAUGAAUGGAAACAGAUAGUGGACCUGCUGUGGAGCGACCCGAUGCCACAGAACGGUUGCAUCCCCAACGAGGUGCGUGGUGGGGGCUGCUACUGGGGGCCAGAUGUCACUGAGGAGGUGCUGGGAAGACACAACCUCCAGCUCCUCAUCCGCUCCCACGAGUGCAAACAGGACGGCUACGAGUUCUGUCACAACCGCAGGGUAUUGACAAUAUUUUCAGCCUCCAACUACUAUGAGGUGGGCAGUAACAGGGGGGCAUACAUCAGAAUGGGCCCUGACUUGGUCCCCCACUGCAUCCAGUACCAGGCCAGCAGGACUUGCAGAGAGCUCACACUGAGACAGAGUGUCCGCUGGACGGAGAGGUCGGCUCUUCAAGCUCUGAAGGAGCAACUGUUUGUACACAAGUCUGAUCUCAUCAGUGCCUUCAAGGAGUUUGAUCCCAACAAAACAGGGAUGAUCUCUCUGAGGCAUUGGGCAGUGGCUACAGAAAGCGUCCUGAAGCUGGGUCUGCCUUGGAGGAUGCUGCGCCCUCAGCUCAUCAGCAGGACCCAGUAUGGGAUGGUGAACUACCAGCAGUGGAUCAGAGAGCUGUCCAUCACUGAGCCCAAACUACAGGUGUCAGAUACCAGUAUCAUGGAUACUAUGUACAAAAACCACUCCAAUCUGGAAACCAUCUUUCGCAUGAUAGACACAGACCAUUCAGGUUUGAUCUCUUUCGAAGAGUUUCAUCAAACCUGGAAACUCCUGAGCUCUCACCUGAAGAUGGAAAUCAGCGAUAAGGCCAUCGCAGACCUGGCCCAGAGCAUGGACUUCAACAAAGACGGCAGCAUUGACAUCAAUGAGUUCAUGGAGGCUUUCCGGCUGGUGGACCUCUCCACGCACAGCUGACGGCCCAGAACAGGAGCUGCGGCAACUUAGACGUUAGAUUUGUUCCCUCUGGAGACACUUACCCAAACCGUUGAGUUGGUAGACGAUCAAGCUCGUCUACCCAAACCGUUGAGUUGGUAGACGAUCAAACUCGUCUACCCAAACCGUUGAGUUGGUAGACGAUCAAGCUCGUCUACCCAAACCGUUGAGUUGGUAGACGAUCAAGCUCGUCUACCCAAACCAUUGAGUUGGUAGACGAUCAAGCUCGUCUACCCAAACCGUUGAGUUGGUAGACGAUCAAGCUCGUCUACCCAAACCGUUGAGUUGGUAGACGAGCUUGAUCCAGUGCAUCAUUAUUAUUAAUCCAGGUGUUAAGGAGAUGUUUAUACCUCUUCUAGUUUUAUGGCUAUUUUCCAUCAUUAUUCUAUGUUCACCUGUCCAGUUGGUGAAUAAACACUUCAUUCAAUAUGAAUAGUGUAAAUAUUUUUCACUUCAUUUCAUGCUUUUCAGGCUGCAAGGCUUUCAUUCCUUCCUUCAAACAGCUGAAUGAAUGUUUACUCCUGCCUGACAGUUGUUGAACUCAGACCUUUAGGAUAUGGGUGACCUGUUGCACGAGGAGAUGUAUAACCCGUUUAGAGGCGCUCUAAUCAGUUCAACACAGGGAUGAGAGUCCAGGACAUAAAUCCUAUCAACUCAAGCCCUGCUUUGAUGAGAUGUAGGAAAGUGAGUGUGUUGAGGUAAACAAAGACCACAUGACCCAUAUGAAUACCAAACAUGGGCUUUCACAGCAAAAAACAACACGAUCAAGUUUGUUCACAAGUUUGAUUCUAAACUAAAUUUAUUAAUAUUCUAAUAGCAUAAAAAAUACAAAAUUUACAGUCAUCAUGGCACACAUUUAACCUCAGCUUGUUUAUUUCCUCUAGACAGUUAUAGGCCUAAUCACACCUAUAAUCUGAUUAGACAAAAGGGAGCCAGCUUUUAUUAGAUAUCGAGUCUCUCCAUUAAGCUGUCCCGACUGUAGGGAAGUUUAUUUUAUUGACUGGAAAAAAAAGAACAAACAA